CUUUUAACAUUAUAUACAAAGAAGUACUAUACAUUAAAAAUUCCUUUUCUUUGGGGAAUUUUAACUUUAAACGUAGUAUACACCAAGUUCUGUUCUUACAUACAAAAAAUAAAUUUUUUUCACAUCCUCAUGGGCAUACAAUAUCAUUUAUCACGCUUCUACGUAAUUAUACGCAGUACUGCUCACGGAUGAACUGGCAUAUAGUAAAUUAUUCCUAUACUUUUUAAUUUAAAUAUAAAUAGUUGUUUUGUAUAAUGUGUUUAGUAAACCUAAGAAUCUAUCUAUAUAUCAUCAAUUUUAAAACGAGUUAAAAAAUAUUUUUUUAUUAUCUCUACCACUUAUCUACGUAGCUUGUCCUUCGGUCAAUAAUUUGAUCGCAAGUAGCUGGUAGGAGGGGUAUAAUAAUAUUAACAUCGAUGGUAUACCAGCAUCACGAUAUAGUAUAGUAUGGAUUAUAGAUGACCCGAUUAAUAUUGUGUUGUCUAGUAUUAUAAAGUUGUGUUAGUACAGAUAUUGUCAGUGUUUAACAUAGUUAUAUUAUAAUAUUAUCACAGUAUAUUUUUCUAUACCCACACGUUAGAAAAAGUGCGAUUCAGCUCACAAAUUGGAAAUGAAAGUGACGUAUUCCUGGAUAAUAUAUUCAUGUUUAGUUUUCGGAUCCGGAAUUUUGUGUGACAGAAAACUCAAAAGACGACAAGCUGUAUCUUGCUCAGUGAACACGGAUGAUAAGUUUUAUUGUACAAAUGGACUGUGUAUCGAAUGGUCGUGGGUUUGUGAUGGGCGUAAGGAUUGUUCAGAUGGUUUAGACGAGACCAACGAGUUGUGUGCUCUAUACGAAUAUGGAACAAAUAUGACCACAGGUUGUGGUAGACCAGUUGACAAAAACUCUGUAUUGAUCGACGAUGAUAAAAAAGGACUUAUUAGAGAAGUACCUUGGAGUGUUGGAAUAUAUAAUUAUUUAAGAGCAUCAACAUAUCCUUUAGCUGGUUACCAAUUUUGCGAAGGAUCAAUUAUUGCUCCAAAUGUAGUCAUUUCUGUGGCUCAAUGUUUUUCUAAUGAAACAGGAUUUUUAUCUCAUAAAAUAUCAGUAAAAAAAGGUCGAUUAAGAAUUGCCGUCGGAAAAUAUGAUACAAGUACUACAAUAAUUAUUAAUAAUAAUCCAUUUUUGACUCAAAAACUAAUUGACAGUGAUAAUCAAUUAAUGACUCAAAUAAUAAAAGUGGAUACAAUUUACGUGAACGAAGUUUAUAAUGGAGAAGACGGGUUUUAUGGUGAGAAUAUAGCUGUUAUUGUGUUAGAAAACAAAAUUUCGUUUAGCAAUGAUGUUGCACCUGUUUGUAUCGAUUGGAUUGGUAAAUAUAAGGUGCACAAUGGAGAUAUAGGAAAGAUUUCCGUUUGGAGAAAAGAGGAAAAUGGGAAUAAUUCUGUUAAAUUUGAAACAUUUCUUCCAUUCAUCGAACCUAGUAAUUGUCGAAAAAAAAAUUUCAACCAAAAAUCAACAAUUUGUGUAUUUUGAUAAGUUUUGUACAACUUAUACAAUGGAACAAGGAGCAGGUUAUGAUAAUGCAGGAGCAGGCAUAAGUUUUUUACACUCAAAUUCUUAUUUUUUAACCGGGGUAUUGACUUUCAUGGAUGAUCCCAAAGACGGUAUAUUUU